ACAGCAUGGGUACAGUAAUUAAUCAUAAAAUGUACUACAGUAAAGGUACAGUAAUAAUAAAAUAUAGAAAAUUAACAACAGUUAAGAAACGCACGUUUUGAUAAGACGAAGGUCGUAGUAGUUAAUUAGUCACCUGUAGUACUUACUACAACCACAAUACAAAUUAAAAGUCCCACAGCAUGAGUACAAUAGAUAAUCCAAAAAAUAAAAAAUUAACAAAAAUCAAGAAACGUAAACAUGAACAUAACGCUCACGAACUAAACCAGGAAGUCUGAGCUGCUGUAAAUAACUUGCUGUGUUUACUGGUGUUUGUGUUUACGUGUAGAAAAAUGGCCGAGUCAAAAAAAUCAGUAACUGAGGACGAGUUCAGCUGUUCAGUCUGUCUGGAAACACUGAAGGAUCCAGUAACUACACACUGUGGACACAGUUUCUGUAUGGUGUGUAUUAAUAACUGCUGGGAUCAGGAGGAUGAUAAGGGAACAUACAGCUGUCCACAGUGUAGACAAACCUUCACUCCAAGACCUGUUGUGAGGAAAAACAUUAUUCUGGCAAAAGUUGUAGAGGACCUGAAGAAGAGAGAAUCCCAAGAUCCACUUCCUUCUGGACCUGAAGAUGUGGAGUGUGAUUACUGUGCAGAGAGAAAAUCCAAAGCAGUAAAAUCCUGUCUGGUGUGUUUGGCCUCUUUCUGUGUAACUCACCUUCAGCCUCACUAUAAAUCUCCUGCUUUUAAGAAUCACAAGCUGGUUGAAGCCUCCAGACGACUUCAGGAUCAGAUCUGUUCUCAGCAUAAUAAACUGCUGGAGGUUUACUGUCGUACUGAUCAGCAGUGUAUCUGUGUGAUGUGCACCAUGGAUGAUCAUAAAGGACAUGAUACAAUAUCAGCUGCAGCAGAAAGAACUGAGAAACAGAAGCAGCUGCUGGAGAUCCAGAGAAAAUUCCAGGAGAAAAUCCAGAACAGAGAGAAGGAACUUUGUGAGCUGAUAAACGCUGUGGAGUCUCACAAGUGUUCUGCACAGACAGCAGUGAAGAACAUUGAGAGGAUCUGUACUGAACUGAUCAACUCAAUUAACAGAAGAUGCUCUAAGCUAAAAGAUCUGAUCAGAGAUCGAGAGACAGCAGAAGUAAGUCAAGCUGAAAAAGUCCUGAAAGUCCAGUUGGAGCAGCAGAUUGUAGAGCUGAAGAGGAAAGAUGCUGAACUGGAACAGCUUUCGCACACAGAGGAUCCCGUCCAUUUCCUCCAGAAUUUUCAGUCUCUCUCGGCUCCUGCUGGAUCUGCAGAAUCAGCCGCCAUCACAAUCAGUCCUUUCCUCUCAUUUGAUGAUGUUACAAAGUCUGUAUCUCAGCUGAGAGAGAAAGUAGAAGAAUUCUGGAAAGAUCAGUGUGAGAAGAUACCAGAUGAAGUGAAGAAAGUCUGGAUUACUCCUGAACCUGAAAUCAGAGAAGAUUUUCUACAAUAUGUUUGUCGGUUCACACUGGAUCCAAACACAGUAAAUCAUUUCCUCCGUCUGUCUGAGGAGAACAAAGUGGUGACCUGCAGUAGAACAUUACAGUCGUAUCCUGAUCAUCCAGAUAGAUUUGAUAAUUGGUCUCAGGUUGUGUGUAGAGAGAGUGUGAGUGGACGCUGUUACUGGGAGGUUGAGUGGAGUGGGAAUAAGUGGGUUAAUAUAGCAGUGUCAUAUAAAAGCAUCAGCAGGAAGGGAUGUGGUGAUGAGUGUGUGUUUGGAUAUAACGAUCAGUCCUUGAGAUUAGAGUGUUAUCCAUCCAAAUUUUUAUUGAGGCACAAUAAGAAAGAGACUGAAAUUCCCAUAAUGCCGAGUUCCUCUAGAAUAGGAGUGUAUGUGGAUUAUGAAGCAGGAACUCUGUCCUUCUACAGCGUCUCUGAUACAAUGAAGCUCCUCCACAGAGUUCAGACCACGUUCACUCAGCUCCUCUACCCGGGGUUUAGUCUUUCUUAUGGAUCAAAAGUGAAACUGUCAGAUUGAACAAAUUAAAUGUAAAAUUUACAUGAAAGUGUAACAUUAAACUGUUUGAGUGAUUUUUAGAAUCUGUGAGGCAGUGAUACAUUUAUGAAGAUUUUCUUUUUCAAUUUAUUAAUCACCAUUUAU